GCACUUCACUCGAGUUCGUGAGGGUCUAAGGUGAGCGUGGGCUGGGUGGGUCACUUAUCCGCCUAUUGGAUCUUUCUUAAUUUAUUUGUUUCUUGGAGAUUUUAAAAAGAAAUAUAUGAAAAAAAUUGUUAAUGUAAUAGUGGGACCACAGCAUCAUUGAGACUUCUUCACUGACACAGAGGCCUAAUCUAAAAUUCAAAAUUUGUCGUCUUAAGAGAAAACUUUUGUUCCAAGACUAGGUGGUGCGCCCUAACGGCAGUAGCUAGAUACAUGACGUUAACGAUUGUAUUGGAAGAUGGCGUACAUCAACGUUGUUGAAUGGACUCCUGAACAUACAGCGGAAUGGUUACAAGGUCUUGAUGAUGGUAUUGUGCCUUAUGCUCACUUUUUUUUAAAUAACAACAUUGAUGGCAGACGAUUGCUAACCCUAGUUGCAGAAGAUUUGGUUAAUUUGAAUGUUAAUAAAAUUGGACACCAAGAGCUGAUACUGGAAGCUGUGGACCUUCUUAGGCAGUUGCAAUACAACCUUACAUCUGAGAACCUACAGUCUUUGUCACUGAAACUGAGCUGCAAGGCAUGGAACCUCUUUAAUGAAUUGAAACUUAAUGGACCAUUGGAAGCCUCAGAUAAUAAGAAACAAGAAAAGGUGUCAACAGCAACACUUUCAGCCGUCUCGGACAUUUUGGUGUCUGUGAAGUCUCUCAUCUCUUGGCUAGACAGGUAUCCUUUCUGUGGUCAAGACCAGUAUACCCCUGUUAGAAAAACUGUGCUUAAGUUGAGUAUAGAGUUGGCCUCAACUGCUCAGAGAGACCAGUUUGUUGAAAAACCACAUCAAGUGAUAAAGAAUAAUUGUUUGAACCUUGCAGAACUGUGUGACAAAGUCAUUCAGGAAUAUAGUGACUCACUGCUUAUUCAACCAGCAUCUUUAGAUGUUGCCACUGUGAAGAAAAAAUCUGAUGAAGAACUGGGAAUGCACAUUCAUUCUUCUUAUUCAGGUGUUCAUAUGGUUGGAGGAGUAAAGUUUCAGAGUCCGGCUCAUCGAUCUGGACGAAUAGAAGAGGGAGAUGAGAUUGUACAAGUAAACUACCAGACAGUUGUUGGAUGGCAGUUGAAAAGACUUGUAAAUGCCAUGCGGGAACAUCCAACAGAAGCUCACCUGACUUUAAAGAAAAGACCAAGACAUGUAAACAACUUUGGUCAGGUUAUUGUGCUUCGACCGUACAGGAUUCCUUCUAAGAAGUCUUUCUUUGGAAAGGUUCACAAAUGGUCUGAAGGUAGCUCUCUACACAUUCAGGCUUACCCAGAGCAGAAUUCUCAACCUGUGAUCACACGAACUGAACCUGAUGAUGAGGAUGAUUCAGCAUUCCUUCCUGAUGACACUGCUGUUGGACAAAAUCAGGUUAUGCAUGCCGCUCUUCCAGUCCACUACAAUGUAUUUCCUGCAAAAUCUCGUGCUACAGUCCAGAGACGAGCCACCGUUAGUGGAGCUUCUCCAACGAUCACUCGUCCUCCUGUAAAUAUUGAAGAACUUGUAGCUAACGCACCUGUUCUGAAAAAGAAAAAAGACAGUAUUACUCGUAGCAUUUCUCAUGAUCCGGCUAAUUUGACUGGCUCUGCAGAAGGAAAUGGUAAGGCAGUCUCACCACGCCUUGGACCAAUCACAUCAACUGAUUCAGAGGAAAGCCUAGAGAAAGCAAAAUAUCAGGAAGUGGAUUUCUUAAGAAAAGAGCCUGUGGUUACAUCAGUGCAAAGGCCAGUAACUGUUGCAGCAAUUCGAGGGUUAGAAAAAGUUGCUGAGAGUACUUCGGCAGAAUGCAGGAUUUCAGGGAGUGAGUUAGUUCUGCCUCUCCAAGAAGAGGAUUACACUAUUCUAGAAAAUAAAAGUCUCCACACUGAUAGUAUGCAGGAUUCUGGUAUCUCUACGGCUACAAGUGAGAUUUCAACAUCAACAUUUAUGGGAAACAAAGAAGAAGACAGGGAAGCUAAUGCUACAGAUUCUGGGGACAAUGAUGCCUUCAGUGGAUCUUCAACAAGAGGAGUGUGGACUGCACAAGACACAACUUUUGGUGGGCGCCAUCUGAGUGCUCGAGAUAUCAGUAAUGUUGUAGCUGGUGGAUCAAUGUGUAACGUCGAAAACCAGCCAGUGCUAACCAAGGUCACAAGAAUAAUAUCACCUCAUUGUUUAGUGGAGAGUCAACACCUUAGAGUGUCAAAAAAGGAAAAUGACAAUUGCAGUUAUGAAGUAACUGUUGUAGGAGGAGUUCCUCAUAAGAGACCCACCCACUUGAAAGAAGAAAAUCAAGUACAGUCAGGAUAUUUAAGAAGAAAGCCACAUUUGCCCUCAAGAUUAGCAACCAACAGAAGAAUAUCUUGCAAAGACUUAGGAAUGGGUGAUUGUGAAGGUUGGCUUUAUUAUAAGAAAGAACGACAUGGAAUUCUUACAGGGGCUCGUUGGACAAAAUGUUGGGUUAUAUUGAAGAAACACUACUUGUACUGCUAUCAAAGCAAAGAAAAUGAGAAAGCUGAUUGUCUUGUUUACAUCCCAGGUUUCACUGUGUCCCCAGCUCUAGAAAGUAAAUCUAAAAAAUAUGCAUUCAAGCUUUAUCAUCCUGGAACAACAUUUUACUUUGCAAGUGAUUCUCAACAAGAUAUGGUAAAGUGGUUGAACAAGCUUGGCCUUGCAGCAAUAGCUUUUGAUCCUUCCUCCAUUUUGCCGACCAAUAGAUCUGAACUAGACAAAGCUAUCUGUUCUGAAAAUGCUUACUUCAGUGAGACUGAAGAAGAGAGUGAAGAAAGCAGUCCAGGAAAUAAUCGUCGAGUCUUUCACAUGGAUCAGCAUGAACCCUCUUUUUUAUCGGGAUCAUUUUCAUCAGGAUUGUCAACGUCGGAAAGUUUAGAAGAUUCUUUACAGUCUCAUCAUGGUGAUGAAGAAUCAGUAAACUCAUCACGGUUAGGUGUAUCUAAUAGUGGUGGUGAUGAUGUAGCAAAUUUACGUAAUAUUUCUGAUAACAAUGUAACAAGUUCAUCUUUAAACUCAUCUUCAGUCAAUUUAACAAAAUCAGGUUUCUUAAACCACUUUGAAAAAGUGAUGUCUCGUACAAUUGUGACUUCACAACCAACCUUUCCACCAAAUUCUGCAUUACUUCCUUACUGUAGCACUGCAAGUUCUCCAUUAAUUAAUUCACCUCAAACAGUGUCCAAUUCAACCAGUAACAGAACAAGCUGUAGUAAUGUAAACUCUACAUCUAUUAAUUCACCUGAAUCUGUCUUCGCUUCUGACAGUGGCAAAACAGGAAGCCACUCAUAUCAUUCAGAAAAACUGUACAAUAUCCAUAGACCCAGAAGAGGAGGCACUGCAUCUGUUUCAAAAAAAUCCUCACCUUCUUACCCUUCAAAACCAGUACAUAGUAGCCAUGGAAGACAAACAAGUAGUUCCCUAAGCUCUGUAUCUUCGAACUCAUCUUCAAUGUACGAUAGUUAUAAGAAUAGAAUAGUUGUGAAUAAUAAUAAUAUUAACUCGCUGUCCAUUUCUAUGAAGCCUGAGGUAAGUUUUCAGAGAGAUCAAAGACAAAAUAUUCCAUCCGUGACUUCCAGUAGGCCAAAUGGGAUUAGUUCUACCAAUACACAACUUGGUAACACUGAUACUUACCAAAAACAAAGCUUAGAGUCACAGUAUCCUUGGCCAGGAUUAGGAACUUACCCCGGAGCAGAAGGAAGACAGGUUUUGGAUACUCGGACAAACCGAUUUUCUGGUGGCUUUCAUCACUCACUAGGUCGCCAGAAAUCUGCUGAAAAAGAAAUGAGUCCAGGAUUUGUGGCCAGAAUGGCAGGGUCUUACAACAGCCUUUCUCAGAAAGGUACUACUACUCCCUCUGGUUCCUUAGAAAGGCUUCGCCUGCGAGACCCUUCUCCUGCUCCUGGUUAUGUUGCAAAGAUAUCAGGUUCAUUUGAUCAACUUGCAAAAGAAAGAGCUAAGUCAGAAUCUUCAGCUCCAAACCAUAGUUUUCAAGAGGGUAGCAGCAAACCUACACACAUGUCUUGUAAAUGGGAACCUGCCAGAAAUCAGUGUAGCUCCACCAGUCGGGAUCAUAGAUUUCUUAGUGAUGCUGAUUUGCAAGGGCGUUUCCAAGGGACCAGUUAUAGAGAUGUGGGACAACUAGAUCAUGAUGUCAGUUUGUUAGACAAAGAAUACAACCGACUCUAUGGAAAAAAGAGACAACCAGGUGGAAAGCCUAACAUUGCUCCACAAUUAAAUAGAUCAGGCUCUAGAACAGAAAUGAGAAUGUAUGGAAGUAAAGUUCCUUAUGAUUUUCCAAAGACAGCAACCAGUCAGCAAAUUCAUCACCUAUAUACAUCAAGGCAUGGGUCAGAACAAGACCUUACUCAAAUGGCUGUGGAUACAGCUGACUCUCGGUUGAGGAAAGAAUUUAUGCAGCAACAACUAGGAACUAUACCAGGAGACACCUCAGGUUUAAAUGGCUCAUUUUUUCCAUCAACAGGUAUUUCUUUACAUAGGACUUCAGCUGUCCAUACAAGUUCUAGUGGAGUGGAAUCAAACUCCAAACAAAAUGAAUCUAAAUCUGGACACAUGUUUCGACUCUUUGGUUCUUCAAAAAUUUCUAAAAUUGUUUCACCUAAACAAGAAAGAAAGCAUAUUUUUGGUGGAAAGAUAAAAUCUCCGAAAGCAGAAAGAAAAAAGGGUGAAAAUAAAAACGUUACAUCUUCACGUGACAGAACAUUUCUUGGUUCCCCCAAACUUGGUAGGGCAAUAUUUGGCUCUCCAAAGUCUGACCGAAAAUUAAUGAAUUCGGCUGCUGUACAGACAGACCACAGUUUUGAUCCUCUAAUUCCAGAAUCUCCACAGCAUUUAGAUGCUGGCUCUAGUUUGAGACAUUCUGAAGAAUCCUUGAAGUCAUCUCGUUUAGAGGAGUUAACAGCAUAUCCAGAUAUAAGUGAGGAGUUCUUGAAGACUAGUAGCAAUAGUAGUUUGAAUAGCAGUGCUUCUGGAAGUGUUGUUUCCUCGUCCAGUAGUUCUCGCUACUAUGUGGAAACUAGGAUUCGUCCACAGAUCACCAUCAGUUUGCCACUAGUGACAGAAUCAUCCUCAGAUGAGCUACCUGACACUCCCCGAACACCACUGAAGCCUACCAUGGGGGUCUCAAUGUUGGGAAAAAGGAGGACAGGAAGUGUAAAAACUCCUCCCUUAAAACGCAAAGAGUCUGUUGUAGAAUCUCCAGAAUUGGCCUCAAGCAAAAAUGAAGUCACUUUCAAAAUUAAUGCAUCAGAAGAAUCAGACCUGGAUAAGGAUGAGCUUGUUCAGCUUGCCAGUGUACUUAGGAAGGCAAACCUCACAGUAGAUGGAGUAGAUAUAUAUGUGAGACGACGGCGAACAAUGUUUGAAGCCUCAGAAAACAAGAGAGAAAGUCAACUAAUGCUACAAUAUUUAGCUUUGAAACGAACUUUGAAGGAUCGUGAAGCUGAAUUAAGUGCCAUAGAUGAUCUUCUGGUUGAGAAUGUUACAUCAGCCCAGCUAGAAAAAUGGGCCUGCAAGUAUCCUCAUUUAUUACCACCAGGAUAUUGCUGAUAGACAUCCUUUCUAGACACUUCUACUUUCAUUUAUAUCUACACGAUCUAUAGACAAACAAUUUAAUGUACCUAAUUGUACUGCUGUGUAGUUGAAAGUGUGUUGUGUAUGUUGAUGUACUAGUAAUCAUAGCCUUUACAGAAGUGGAAUGAACCUGCAAGAAAACUGGCUUGUCCAACUGAACAUUUGAAGCAAUGUUCAUAUGUAUCUAUUCAUUGAGGAUUAGGAAGGAUUUUAGACUUGAAUAUGUUAGUAUCCAUUUGUAUACUCAGACCCAAUUGUAUUAUAUAUGCUUUAGUUGCUUCAAUACCUUGUAAAAAAAAAAAUGCAAUAAUAUGAUCUUGCUUUAAUGAAUCUGAUUUUUUUGUUUAUAAUUCAUAUAUUGUUUCAAUUUGCUGGGCAGUGUGGUUGAUGUUAAAUGCUAUAAAUAUCUUCUUGGUUAUAUGUGCAACUUAAAAGUUUCAAACCAGCACUUUCAUGUUUAUAUUUGCCAUUAUGGAGCAUUUCUUUGUUGUAUAUUUACACAUUCUAAAUUACAAACUUGUUGAUCAUGAUUUUGUAGUUUUCUUUCAAACAGUGCGUGUGUAACAGUUACACAUAGUUCUUUUAUAUAUAUAUAUAUGUGUGUGUGUGUACCAUAAUUUCUCUUUACAGGCAUUUGUGUAAAUAAUGUAAGUGAAUAUUCUUUUAAUCCCAUCGGUAUUGUUAAUUUUUAAUUGUGUUAAUCAUAACUUAUUGUUAGCAUGUCAUGCUUUGUUAGAACAGAUUCAGUUGCUCAUUUUUUAUAGACAACUGUUAUUAACACAUGGAUCUAAUAGUAUGGUAAUCACCUGGAAUGGUUGAAUUUGUAAUUGAAUUGGGAAACAAAUCGGUAAAGAACAUUUUGAUCAUUGCAGUUAGAAUGUCUGAAAUGAAGUUUAUGAAAUGAUGUGGUAACUUGUAUGCUAUAGAUAUAUUUAUCUAAGUGUUUCCUCUUUUGCCAAAAUUUAAGUUUAUCAAAGGAUUGACAGGUAACUCGCAGAUUGAGUGAAAAAUAAAACUGGAAUUUUCAAAUUUAUGAUACUCAAUAUAUUUCCCUGUGGGUGGUAAUUGAUGAUAAUAUUAAUAAAAACAAUUUUCAAUUAGUGUGUGCCUCAUAUAAUGAGCAAAAACAGAGGUGUAAGAUUCCAAGUUUAUGAUACUCAGUAUAUUUCUGUAUGGAUUUUAAUUUAAUGUUAAUUUAUGAUGAUGAUUAUAAUAAUACAAAUCUCUUCAUAUUAAUAUACAACAUGAUGAAAGAGAAGUACACAUCUCAUCAUUAACUAAGAAUGCAUGUGAAUGAUACUGUGUAGCAUGAUUUAUUUCUUGUUUCACAUAUUAUCAGUUCCUUUUUCAGGAACAAACAUCAGGUUUCUCGGCAAAACUAUUCCGUUUGUCAAUUUGGUUAUAAUAACUCGAGAACGAUAAUUUCAUAAUAUAAGUAACAAAUAAAGGUUGUAUAAUAAAUAUUGCUUGUAUGUACACGUGUUUGUUAUGUUAUAAAUAUUGAUGUGUUUUA